UCUCUCUUCUUUUUCACUUUCCUCUUCUUCUGUUGGGCCCAUCAGCCUGCAAAACCUAGCAAACUCUUCAGGGUCAUUAUUAAAUCUUCCUCCACCAGCUUCUCUCAUUUCCAUCUACCCAUCUCUUUAUUCUUCUCUUUCUCUCAAGCUUUUUUCUGUUACUUAUCAUGGCUGGGUCUCUUCAAGACUUGGAAUCUUGGCUUCCUACUGAGUUUCUUACUCAGGAAGAGUUGCUCAUGGGCAAAGAUGAUUUUAAAAAUAAAGGGUUUUGCUCUGAGUUCAAGCCUGGCCUUAGCUUCCCUACAGAGUUUCCUUACGAGUUUGAGUCGUUUGGCUCCUCUGUUUCCCUUAGCUCGCCGGAUGAUUCUGUUGUUGGCUCUAUUGAAACUGAGAGUAGUGAUGAGGAUGAUUUUCUUGCUGGGUUAACUCGUCGACUGACUCAACAACUCACUGUCAAACCUGAGAAGUGGGUUAUGGCCGGCUCGCCUGAGUCGACACUGAGUGGCAUCGGAAGCUGGUCGGUUUCAAGUAACGGGAGCCCAAAUGGUGGGCUGUCGCCUCCAACGACGCCUUUCACGGCCAAAAAUGAUACAUGGGAUCUGAUAUACGCAGCUGCUGGACAAGUUGCCAGGCUAAAGAUGAACAAUGAAGGAAACAAGUACAACAACCAUCAAAGGAUGGGACUACUGGGUCCUGUAAGGAGCCAACAUGCAGACGCUAACCUUAAACAUCAGAAUCCAGGGCUUUACUCGGCUCAGAGCUUUAACCAUCCUGUUUCACAAAUGAAUCAGUACCAUUCUCAGGUGAGACAGGAGCAGCUGCUAAAGCCGCAGUGCCCUUUAGUUUGGGGUAAGCAACAAGUGAAGGUGGGAUGGCAAGCCCAGCCACAGCGGCAGCAUCCUCGGCUGCAGACCCAGUCUCACGUCCAGCACCAGCAACAACAGAUCCAGAGCAAAGGCACUAGUGUUGUUGGAUAUGAAAAUGGGAGAUGUGUGCGUCCUCUGGGUAUCCCACAGUCUGCUUGGCCGCCUCUUCAAGUGCAACCAAAUCAACAGCAACAGCAACAGCAACCACAGCAGCACUCAAAUGCAGGGAUGAGAGCUGUUUUUCUCGGUGGAUCUGGUGUUAAAAGAGAAUGUACUGGGACUGGUGUUUUCUUGCCUCGGAGAUAUGGUAAUCCACCUGAUUCCAAGAAGAAAUCAGCUUGCUCAACAGUUCUGCUUCCAGCAAAGGUGGUUCAGGCUCUAAAUCUGAAUUUUGAGGACAUGAACAUGAACAGCCAUGCCCAACAACGCAUUAACAGUUCUUUUGCCUCUGAUUAUGAUGCUUUAAUGGCAAGAAGAAAUGCCCUUUUGGCACAGCAGAAGAGAAAUUUGAGAGCUGAGGGUGUACUCAACCAUGAAGUACACUUGCCUCAAGAGUGGACAUACUGAUGCUUUAAUAUAUAGUGUUGUUUUGGUGGACAGAAGAAAAGCAAGUAUAGUUUUAGAAGUAUGAAUAGGGUUUCUAUGGCAUAAUUUGGUUUUUACAUAGGAAAAUGAAAUUCAAGAAGGGAGGGAAAUAAGAAGAAAAGCUAGUUUUUUUCUUUUUGGGGUUUUUGAGGGAAGUUUGAAAUCAGCUUUUUUUUAAAGAUUAAGCAGCAAAAGAAAUGAAGCAGACAGCAGCCAGCUGCAGUAGGAGGUAUUUUUAUUGUAAUAAAAUGUGGGUUUAUGUCUUGAAAGGUUCUUUUUGUAAGGGGGCAUGAAUUUGGGUAGGCCUUCUUGUUUUGAUUUUGAGGCAUAAACUGUGUUUUGUGUUUAUUAUUUAUUUAGGGGAAAGAUUUUGAGUGGAUUGGAAGAUGGGGAGGUUGUCUUUUGCAUGUUCUUCAAUGUUCAUCCAAUCCAAUCCACUUCUUUCAAUUGUUGUUCAAUGUCCCUUGGCAGCUAAACCAUGUCUAAUAAGAGAAGCUUUUAUUUA